AUGGACGGCGAGGAGUCUACUAACCCCCUGGUGCCUGGGAAGACGGAGAACCGGGCCCAGGUCGACAAUGCUCUGAGAGCGAUUCACCAAAAGAAGCCAGUCCCUGAGAUCGACUUCACACUCCAUACCAUGGAAGAUAACACGCAAGUCAGCACAAUGGAGCGCGUUUGCAAAGAUGUACAGGCACCCGCAAUGCACCCACCGACCGACGAGCAAUUCUUCUCUCCCCAAGACCCCUCGAAGCCAAAUUUGGCUUUUUUGAAGCAACACUUUUACCGAGAAGGUCGCCUUACAGAGGAGCAGGCAUUGUACAUCAUUGAAGAGGGUACUAAGAUCUUGAAGCAAGAACCCAACCUCCUAGAAAUGGAUGCUCCGAUCACUGUAUGUGGCGAUGUCCACGGCCAAUAUUACGACUUGAUGAAAUUAUUUGAGGUUGGUGGCGAUCCUGCUGAGACUCGAUACCUUUUCCUAGGGGACUACGUCGAUAGAGGGUAUUUCAGUAUCGAGUGUGUGCUUUAUCUAUGGUCGUUGAAGAUCUGGUAUCCCAACACCUUAUGGUUACUUCGAGGAAACCAUGAGUGCAGACAUUUGACGGAUUACUUCACGUUCAAGCUGGAGUGCAAACACAAGUAUUCCGAGAAGAUUUACGAGGCAUGUAUGGAUUCUUUCUGCGCUUUACCGCUGGCUGCUGUGAUGAACAAGCAGUUCUUGUGUAUUCAUGGUGGCCUAAGCCCGGAAUUACACACUUUGGAUGACUUGAAGAACAUUGAUCGCUUCCGCGAACCCCCAACCCACGGCCUAAUGUGCGAUAUUCUCUGGGCAGAUCCACUGGAAGAAUUUGGCCAAGAGAAAACAUCGGAGUAUUUUGUUCACAAUCACGUGCGAGGUUGCUCAUACUUCUUUUCCUACCCCGCAGCCUGUAAUUUCCUAGAGAAGAAUAAUCUCUUAUCGGUCAUCCGUGCGCACGAAGCUCAAGAUGCUGGAUACCGAAUGUAUCGCAAGACCCGGACAACUGGUUUCCCCAGUGUAAUGACUAUCUUCUCCGCGCCCAACUACCUCGACGUCUACAACAACAAAGCCGCUGUCCUCAAGUAUGAGAACAAUGUCAUGAACAUCAGACAAUUCAACUGCACCCCACAUCCAUACUGGCUUCCCAACUUCAUGGAUGUCUUUACUUGGUCUCUACCUUUCGUGGGCGAGAAGAUCACCGACAUGCUGAUUGCAAUCUUGAGCGUCUCCUCUGAAGACGAACUCAAAGAAGACGCCACUCCAUCAACAGUCUCUCCCGGCCCCGUCUCUCCAUCAACCGCAAUCACCCCCUUAGACCCGGAAUCUACCGAAUUCAAGCGAAGAGCCAUCAAGAAUAAGAUCCUUGCCAUCGGCCGCUUAUCACGAGUAUUCCAAGUCUUACGCGAAGAGUCGGAGCGAGUCACAGAACUCAAGACAGCAUCAGGAGGCAGACUCCCUGCUGGGACACUUAUGCUCGGAGCAGAAGGCAUAAAGAAUGCCAUUAACAACUUCGAGGACGCACGUAAAGUUGACCUGCAGAACGAGAGGCUCCCACCUAGCCCUGAGGAGGUCACGCGACAGAGCGAGGAAGGCAGAGCGAAUGCGCUGGAGAGGGCAAAGGAGAGUGCGGAUAAUGAUACGGGUUUACAGAUGAUUUCUAGACGGUUGAGCACGUAA